AUGAAUGGCGAGGACCUCGAUUUCGCCGUGCUUGGCCACGGGCCUUGGAGCGCCAAUGUGAUGCACGAGUCAAGUCUUCUUUUUGACUUUGAGGAAGAUGUUGCCAUGUCAGCCGCGGCACAACGCGGGACGCUGGCACCACUUCCGGAAUAUCACCGCCGUGGACUGAUUAUACUCACUUCCUUCUCAUUACUCUCCGCCAUUGCCACAACCGUACUUUGGCUCUUCAUUACAUAUAAGCUACUGGCACAUCGCAAAACCCGCUCAGCUCCCAGGGAGCGAAGUACGCGAGCGCAAGAUGCCGAAAUCACCGAUUUACCAGAUCUCUCUCUGGGUUUGGAUGCUCCUUGCGCUGAAACCAGUGGGUUCGCACGGCUUGAGGAACUCGACAGAUUAGCUGCGGCACAAGAGCAAGCCGCAGAGGCCGCUACCGAGGAUCGAUACGAGCAGGAGGUUGAGGAGACUCGUAAUCCAUUUCCCAUUCUCAUCUACAACCUUUUACUGGCAGAUAUGAUGGAGGCUAUCGCCUACGCGCUCAGUAUAGCCUGGGUCUCGGCUGACGGCAUCUUUGCACCUUCGCCAGUCUGCUGGGCUCAAGGUUGGCUGGGCUCGACGAGUAACUUGGCAGCUAGUCUGUUCCUCGCGGUUAUUUCGAUCAACACUUUUUUGACUGUGGGCUUGGGUUAUAAGCCACCACCGUGGACUGUUUAUACCUCGAUCGUCAUUCUCUGGGUAUUCGACUUUGGUAUCAAUGGAGCAGGCGCAAUAUAUACUCAGCUCCAUCCGGCAGUUCCUCAGGAAUCUUUCUUCAUGCGAGCCAAUGUCUGGUGUUGGAUCUCCUCAUCCUAUGAUUCUUGGCGUUUUUGGGCUCACUACUUUUGGGUUAUUGUCUCUAUCGCCCUUACGCUCGGCCUCUAUUCUUUCGUUUUCUUCACACUAUGGCGUCAAAAACGAAGUUGUCGAUACUUACCAGAAAAGAGAGUGUCACAAAGUGAAGCGUCCGAGGCCGGAUUCGAGACCGGCCAUGCACCGGGAGUUCGACGACCCUCUGGCUACCACCCAGCGUUUCUUGCCUACCCAAUCGUAUACUUCGCGUGCAGCACUCCUCUAAUUAUAGGCCGCAUCACGUCUUUACUGGGAGUCGAUCUCGGCAUAUCAUAUUUUGCCUUCGCAGGGUCGAUCUUGGCCGCGAACGGGCUCUUCAACUCAAUACUAUGGACAACAACGAUUAUCUUCAGCAAGCCGCAAGACGCUUAUAGUACGGGGCUGAAUCAAUUCGCGUUCGUCAGGACACCAAUACGAGACUACGGACAUACCGUCGUUAUUAGUGGACCUGCCAGCAGAAUAGUCCCCCCAGAAAGCAUUGUCCCAAGCGGCGGCCGCAAGGAAUGGUGGUGGUGGAAAUAUGGUGGUCAGAGAGGGUGGGGAAGAUCUUAUGCCAAUGUGCACGAGACGCCCAGGGUGCGCGCAUUUGAGGUGGAUAAUCAUACAUUACCAAUGAUUGUGGAAGGUCCCGGGAUUCAGAUGGACAUUGUCACAGCCGUUACCGUCGAGCAAGCGGAGAUUCAGCCGAUAUCCCCGGGCAGGCCUCAAGACAACUACCCAUCCAAAAAGCAUUGCUAA